AUGGCUUCUUCUUCAAACCAAGUCCCUUAUUCGAGGCCCGAGUCGAUCAAUCGUCCAACAGUUGAGAUCAGUACGUACUACAAUAUUAAGUACCUGUCGACAGUAGUCCUGAGACUAAACGAAAUUGGCGAUUUUGCACUGGAGAAUACGUUCUGGCAGGGGUGCUUUGGGAUGAUGUUGGAUUGGCAGCCGGGCCAGAAGUGCAAUGUUGCAUUGCACCAUAUUGUCUAUCGUCAUCUUAAGAUGACGAGAGACGAUGAGGAUGAUGAGAUCUGCUUCUACAUCAACGGGAGGAAGGUUGACUUUACUCCGAGAGAUUUUGCUCUCGUGACAGGAUUGGCCUUUGGGGAUGAUCCUUUUGACCCCGAGGCUGAGCACGAUCUGAGCGAGGCUCGGACAUUUAUACAAUUUUGCCGCGGGAAGCAUGUGUCAGUGCAGGGGCUGGCGGAUAUAUAUUUCGACACCGCCAGUCGAGUGGUUGACCCCGACGGCGGGUUCUACCUCCGUGUGGCCCACUUGUUGGUGCUACACGCAUUUGUAUUAGGAGUGGACGUGCGACGACCCGUGCAGUCCUGGACUUGGGCUUUGGUGGAUGAUUUGACGGCCUUUUCCAGAUUUCCUUGGGGAUCGUGCGCGUAUAGGAGCUUGAACUACAAGAUGAAGAAUACCACAAUUAAGAAAGAUAGGACCAAGUACCACUUCUACGGUCCUUCUUGGGCCCUAUUCAUUUGGGGUCUUGAGAAAAUUCCCGACUUGGCAGCAACCAUAGCCAUAUGCAAUGCGGGAGUUUACCCUAGAUUCAAGAGGUGGACGUUCGUGAAGACCAAGGUCGAUGGGUUACAGAGUUUAUUUGAGACAGAGGAGAACGGGAUAUGGGAGAUGAUCCCCGAUGAGUACGAGGCCACGACGAAUUACUGGCGAUCGGUGGCAGGCGUCAAUGCCGGGCCAGGGGUUCGAGUACCAGAGCCGGGAGUCUUUGGUCAUAGGCAGCCUCGGGCGCGCUACAGUGGUGGGGACCGCAACGAGCCUACUAUUGAGCAUCAACCACGGCGUCGCAGUACGAGACAGGAUACUGGCAAGCGCCCGAGACGACUAGUAGUGGACACCUCAUCGAGCAGCAGCCAUCACGAUCAGAGCGGGGACGAUCACCCCGUAAAUUCUGGUCGAAGGUCUCACAGUUACAGAGCCCCGAGGCCUAGGCACGAGGAUCAGAGUAGAGCUCCUGCACCAUCACAGUGGAGCGAGCAGGAUUGGCAGCGCAUGCAGCACAUGAUGCGCGAGAGUGAGGGACGGAUAGCGAGGAAUGUGGAGGACAGCCUGUUCACGAGGAUUAAGAAUUGGUUUGAGGAGAAGUUGGAUGCUAUGCGUUGCCGAUGCUCGCAUAGCACUGAUGUUCAUGUGCCCAGACCUGCUCCACGAUCUCACUCUGACAUGAGACGCGAGCCCGAGUCCGAGCCGGCGCAGCGUACAUCCUCAGAGGCCCCAUCGCAUCACCGAUCCCCUGCACACGAGUCUCCUGCACAAGAGGCGGGACAUACUACUGGUGAUGGCAUGCACACCCCGCAGUGGCAGCAUGAUCCGUUUGGUGGCUCGACUAGUGGGGGGAUGUGCAGACUCCGCACAUGGGUGUCCACCACUUGCCCAUAUUCGGUGAGUCGAGUUCUUAUGGUGGGCCACGCUACUCGUGGGCUGAGCAGGGCACGAGUUCAGCAUACCCGCUUGAGCCGCCUCGUUCUUCGAUGCCGAUCCUUACAGAUGCCGGAUAUUCUCAGGCACAGAUGCACGAGUAUUGGAAGCAGUAUAGUGGGGGAGUUUCUGAGCCAGUAG